AUGAGUAGUAAAGGGACAGAAAGAAAGAAAAGGGAUAGAGAAGUAGAGUCGCCGAAAGAGAACGAGCAGGUCUUCCACAGAAGCAAAAUAACAGUAAGAUCACCUCUGCAAUCGAGAGAGAAGGAAAAUCAAGAAGAUAUAGAGAUGGAGGAGGUCAAGAAGAUGAUCUGCGAACUUGUGACACAAAUCAGAGGUGAUAUGAGAGAAAGUAAUAAACAACUAUUGAACGAAUGGAAUACACAGCUUAAAGAGGAGCUUAAAACAAUAAGAGAAGAAUUAAAGCAAACUAGAGAUCAACUACAGGAGCAAAAUCAAGAAAUUAGAGAUAAGUAUGAAGAAUGGAAGAGAGCUAAGGAAAAAAUGGGAAAGAGAGUGGGUGAAGUAGAAAGUCAACUAGAUCGAAUGGAGAGAGAAAAGAGAAGAAAUAAAGUAGUGAUGAUGGGAUUGGAAAUAGAAACAGGAGAGCAGAAGCAGAUAAUUGGAAAAGUGACAAAAUUUUUAGAAGAGAAAGUCAAAAUAGAGAAGACUUGGGUGCAAAGAGAAAACUGGGAGAAAUUGGAAGAGACACACACAAAGGAAAAGAAAAAGGGGAGAGCAAGCGGGGGAAUAGUAAUGGGAAUUCGAAAAGAAAUGCAAGAAUUGGAAAAUGGAAAGAGAAGACACGAAAGAAAAGAAUUAGAAAAAAGAAUAUGGGAUGAAGAGGGAAUUCAAAAAUACAGAAGUAGAGUAGAAAAAAGGAAAUUCGAAGUAAAAGAAGAUAUAGAAGCUAUGAUGGUGGAACUGAGCAACCUAAUUGUAGAAGCUACAUAUGGCAAGGGCGGGAUAAUGGAUGGAACGGAGAAUGUAGUGAGUUGA